AUGGCAGAACCGGAGAUGACGUCACGCGUCAGCGGACUGAAGAAAGACAUUCAAACAAAGCUUUUCGGGCAGCAUAUCGCUGCUCAUGUCAUCCUGAAAGCCGUCACGGGCUUCAUAGAGAGUAAAAACCCAAAGAAACCACUGGUUCUGUCCCUCCACGGCUCGACCGGGACCGGGAAGAACUUCGUGAGCCAACUUAUAGCAGAAAAUAUUUACAAGAACAAGAUGAGGAGCAACUUCGUUCACCUGUUUACAGCGACAGCACACUUUCCUCACAAGGCUCACAUUGACACGUACAAGAUCCAGUUACCAGAGUGGAUACGAGGGAAUGUUUCCAUCUGCCCGCGUUCACUGUUCAUCUUUGAUGAAAUGGAUAAAAUGCAUCCGGAGCUGAUCGACAGUAUUAAACCUUACCUGGACUUCUAUGACAACCUGAACGGAGUGUCGUACAGACAGGCCAUCUUCAUCUUCCUCAGCAAUGCUGGGAGUACGAUGAUCAACGAGGUGGUUAUGAAAUUCUGGAGGGAUGGUAGAGAACGAGAGGAGAUCCAGCUGAAGGAUCUAGAGACGGAACUUUCACAGUCUGUCUUUAACAACAAAACCAGUGGUUUCUGGCACACUAGUUUAAUCGAUAAAAAACUGGUGGAUUUCUUCGUGCCGUUACUUCCUCUGGAGUACAAGCACGUCAUUCAGUGCGGUUUGACUGAGAUGGCCAGAGAGGGUCGUGUCCCAGAUAAAAAUGUGGUUAAAAAGAUGGCUGAUGACCUAAUCUUCUUCCCUAAAGAGGAGCGUGUCUUCUCGGACCAGGGCUGCAAGCACAUUGCUAACAAAUUGUACUUCUAUAUUUAACACACAGAAAAAGCAUUUCCAAUCUGUCAUUCUUCAUCAUUUAAAUUAAAGAUAAUUUAUCUUUAUCUAACACACAUGCACGGGCCUUAUGUAGGCUUCCCUCACUCAACAUUGGUUGACUUUUAAUUAGUUGAACUAACAAACUGGGAUUGUUUUUAUCAAAGUAUUAUAUUCCUUUGACAGAACUGAACCAUCAUAUUUGCUCAUAAGUUACCAGAAUCAUCAAAUAUAUACGGAAUACAAUUAAUGGAAGGAAGAAGAGUUACAGUCUAUAGUUCAAGUGGCUGAUUCAUUCAGGAAUGAAUAACUCAAUGACUUAUUCAGACAUUUACCGCUAACUGCUGACAGUUUCAGUUUCUUAUUUAGAGGACAAUUUCAUUUAUUUAAA